AUGUCAGUGCUGCUUCUAAAUCUCCUCUUCAACACAGUAGUACUUAACCUAGCAGUCUUGGCUGCUGGAGAAGAUGAGUUUGUCUUCUCGGGCUUCAAGGGAGCUAACAUCACUGUGGAUGGCGUCGCCACGGUGACCCGGAACGGCCUUGUUGAUCUCUCCAGUGGCCAAGAGACUCUGAAAGGCCAUGCAUUCUACCCUGCUCCUCUGCGGCUCCGUGAAUCCCCCAAUGGCACGACCAUAAAAUCCUUCUCCGUCUCCUUUGUAUUCGCAAUCUACCCCAACUACCGGCCCAGCCAAGGCAUGGCCUUCUUCAUCGCUAAGAGCAUGGAUUUCUCAUCCGCUCUCCCCACGCAGUGGUUCGGCAUCUUCAACAGUGUGAACCAGGGAAACUCCAGCAACCACAUCUUCGCCAUCGAGUUGGACACCGUCAACAACAGGGAUCUACACGACAUCGAUGCCAACCAUGUCGGAAUCAACAUCAACAGUGUCAUCUCCAAUAAGUCCAACACCGCUGGCUUCUACGACGACAAGACUGCCAUCUUCAACACCUUGAACCUCACCAGUGGCAAGGGGUUGCAACUCUGGAUCGAUUACGAAAGGGAGUCGACACGAAUCAACGUGACCAUUUCUCCAGUGGGCGUGGCCAAACCAGCAAGGGCUCUCAUCUCCGGCAUCUACGACCUCUCAAUGGUAAUCACCGAGGACGCAUAUCUUGGCUUUGGGUCUUCGGCGGGCAGGGAUGGAAGCCGGCACUACAUACUUGGCUGGAGCUUUGGCAUUAAUAGGCCUGCGCCAGCUAUUGACAUGAAAAAAUUGCCAAGACUUCCCCGUCUUGGUUCCAAGCCUCGGUCCAAGGUCCGGGAGAUUGUAUUGCCAUUAGCAACAACCACUUUUGUUCUCGCCGUGGGAAUCACCAUUUUCCUACUUGUGCAAAGGCAUCAGAGGUAUGCUGAGCUACGGGAAGAUUGGGAGGUUGAGUUUGGACCUCACCGGUUCCCGUACAAGGAUCUGUACUAUGCUACACAAGGCUUCAAGAACAAGAACCUGCUUGGGGUUGGUGGCUUUGGAAGAGUGUACAAAGGGGUGCUGCCAAAAUCAAAACUUGAUAUAGCCGUGAAGAGAGUAUCUCAUGAGUCGAAGCAAGGCAUGAAGGAGUUCAUCGCUGAAGUUGUCAGUAUAGGACGGCUUCAGCACCGUAAUCUCGUGCAGUUACUCGGCUAUUGUCGGCGACGAGGCCAACUCUUUCUGGUGUAUGAGUACAUGCCCAACGGAAGUCUUGACAAAUACUUAUAUCAUGGGGACCUGCGGCCUACUCUAAACUGGGCUCAAAGGUUUAAGAUCAUCAGGGGCGUUGCAUCUGGAUUGCUCUACCUUCACGAGGAGUGGGAACAAAUUGUUAUCCACAGAGAUGUCAAGGCAAGCAACGUGCUCCUUGAUGCUGAAAUGAAUGCCCGACUAGGUGAUUUUGGUCUCGCACGGUUGUAUGACCAUGGCAUGGAUCCACAGAGCACGCACGUGGUUGGCACCAUAGGUUACCUAGCUCCUGAGUUAGCACGCACUGGAAAGGUAACCCCUCUUACCGACGUAUUUGCAUUUGGUGUAUUCAUCCUUGAAGUCAUUUACACGGUGGAUACUAAACUCCAUGGUGAAUAUGAUGUAAACGAGGCAUACUUAGCACUCAAGCUAGGACUACUAUGCUCGCACCCAUUCAUGGACGCCAGGCCUACCAUGCGCCAAGUAAUGCAGUACCUUGACGGUGACUGCGCAACACCAGAGCCAUCAUUACCAGUGGACACCAACUUCGAGAUGCUCGCUGCGAUGCAGAAUGAAGGUUUUGACCCAUACGUCAUGCUCCUAGCUGUAGACAUGGCCGCCAAGCUUCAUCCAUCCAUCCUUGUGUACUUCAUGUGCCUCAUGAUCCUCUCCCUUGGUCCAAACCAUUUAGCUCCGUGCACUGCACAGGUGCAGUCAUUCGUCUACUCCGGCUUCCAAGCAGCCGACAUCAUCCUGGAUGGCUCCGCCAUGGUCCAACCUGGUAGACUCCUCCAGCUGACCAACAGCUCCGACAUCAUAGGCUACGCCUUCCACCGGGCUCCCUUGCAUUUCCGUGGCGGGACGGUACAAUCUUUUUCGCUCUCCUUCGUCUUCGCCGUCCAAUCCGAAUUUGACAAAGAAAGCAGUGGCGGCAUGGCCUUCUUCAUAGCUCCGGGCAGGAACUUCUCCGGCGCCAUGCCAGGCAGUUUCCUAGGCCUCUUCAACGCUUCCACAAACGGCAGACCCGACAACCACAUCUUCGUGGUUGAGCUCGACACUUUCGGGAACGGGGAGUUCAAGGACAUCGACAGCAACCAUGUUGGCAUCGACAUAAAUGGGCUGAUCUCCAUUGAAUCCCACACAGCUGGUUUCUAUGAUGACGACACUGGUAGCUUCACAAACUUAUCUCUGAAUAGUGGGGAUCCCAUGCAAGUGUGGGUCGAAUAUGAUGCGCAGACCACACAGAUCGUAUCGACUUUGGCUCCGCUCGGUGCUGCCAAACCUCACAGACCAUUGUUUACAACCACCGCCAACCUCUCCGAUGUGCUCCAGAACCUAUCUUUUCUUGGCUUCUCGGGUUCCUCUGGCUCGCUCAGCACACUAUACUCCGUGCUUGGUUGGAGCUUUGCCAUGCAUGGCCCUGCUCCGGCAAUCAACAUCACCAAUUUGCCCAAGUUGCUUCGUGCCCAUCGGGAGGCUCGAUCUAAUGUGUUGGAGAUCGUCCUUCCCAUUGCCACCGCAACGUUCAUCACAGCCAUGGGAAUCACCAUUUUCCUACUCGUACAAAGGCAUCGGAGGUACGGUGAGCUACGAGAGGAUUGGGAGGUGGAGUUUGGGCCACAUCGGUUCUCGUACAAGGAAUUGUACCAGGCAACAGAAGGAUUCAAGGACAAGAACCUCCUAGGAGCAGGAGGCUUUGGGAAAGUACAUAAAGGAGUACUCCCAGUAUCCAAAUUGGAAGUAGCCGUGAAAAAAGUGUCCCAUGAGUCAAGGCAGGGGAUGAAGGAGUUCAUCACUGAGGUCGUUAGUAUUGGCCGCCUUCGACACCGCUACCUGGUGCAGUUGCUUGGCUAUUGCCGGCGCAAAGAUGAGCUCAUUCUGGUGUACGAGUACAUGCCGAAUGGCAGUCUUGACAAGUAUCUGCAUUGUGAAGAGUACAAGCCUACACUAGGUUGGACCCAGAGGUUUGGGAUCGUAAAAGGGAUCGCAUGUGGCUUGUUCUAUCUACAUGAGAAUUGGGAAAAAGUUGUCAUACACAGAGAUAUAAAAGCAAGCAACGUGCUCCUUGAUGGUGAAAUGAAUGGACGGCUUGGUGAUUUUGGCCUUGCAAGGUUAUAUGAUCAUGGUACCGACCUACAAACCACACAUGUGGUUGGCACCUUGGGUUACCUAGCCCCGGAGCUGCUACGCUCGGGGAAGGCUUCUCCUCUUACGGAUGUUUUUGCCUUCGGCACAUUCCUUCUUGAGGUAGCAUGUGGACAGAGACCAAUCAAGCAAGACAACGAAGACAAAGACGCUAUGCUGGUGGAUUGGGUACUCGAGCAUUGGCACAACGGGACGCUCUUGCAAACUGUGGACACUAGACUCCAAUGUAACUAUGAGAAGGACGAGGCCAGCAUGGUGCUGAAGCUAGGGCUCUUGUGCUUGCAUCCGUUACCCACUGCAAGGCCUAGCAUGAAACAAGUCAUGGAGUACCUCAGUGGAGAGACCACAUUACCCGAGCUGGCGCCCACACGUUUUAACUUCAACAUGAUGUCCAUAAUGCAAAACAGAGGAUUUCGCCCAUCCAUCAUGUCGUCUACAGACUUAACGACAAGCGUCGGCACAUUUUCUGACCUCUCUGGGGGGCGAUGA